UAUCGUAAUAAAUUUAACAAAAUGAUGAGUAAAAUAAAACAAAUAUAUUAAAUUUUCCUUCUUUUGCUAAUUUUAUAAUAUCCUUUUAACAAAAAAAAGAGUAAUAAUGUUUUAAAAAAAUAGAAGUUGUAAAAGAAUAAAGCACUUCUAAUAAUUAAAAUAUGAUUAAAGAUAACUUGACUAUUUUAAGUAAAAAAAUAAAUUUGCUUAUUUAAUAUAAUAUAAAACAAAAAAGUUUAAGAUUAAAACGAAGAAAGCAAUAAUAAUAAUAAUUAAGUUCAUUGUUUAUAAAUUAUGUAUGAACCUUCUUUUUUAGAUGACUUUUAAAUAGAUGAUUUAUAAACGGUUGUUAGUGGAUAUGAAUAUAAUACUGAUUGUAAUAGUUCAACACUUUCUGAUAGUCUUAUUGUGGAUUUUAUUAGUUUAUAAUCGGAUUAAGAUUGAUAUUAAUGGAUUUUUUAGAAAUUUUUGAUUUUUUAGUUUUUUUCCUUCUUUUUUGUAAAUAAAAAUAAUUGUUCAAUCAAUAAUAUAAAAUUAUUAUGUUUUUAUUA